AUGGCGGUCAGGUGUCUAUGUGCUGCAUACACCGCUUUUGAUUCACCGAGGCCCUCAGCCCACUCAUCACACUAUAACAAGGCGUUGAGCAGCUUGCGCAAAUCGCUCUGCGAUCCCACCGAGGCAAUGUCUGCGGAGACACUCUGCGCUUCCAUCUGUCUUUCCUGGUACGAGACCAUGGUUGACAGGCGAAGCUCGGCAUGGCUUGCACAUUCCACGGCCUCUGCCGACCUGAUUCAACUUCGUGGUCCAGGCGUACAUUUGACUGGCUUUGACCGAGCACUUUUGCUUGCUCACCAUGGCCUGAUUUCGAGCCAUGCUCUGAUGCAACGAAAACCAUCUUUCAUGUGCGAGCCCGCCUGGAUUGCCGUCGUUGAUCCAACUGGAAGUGAUGAUGGUCAUGGCUCCCAUCUCCAACUGAUUGUCGAGCAUUUCCAACAUCUCGACGGUCUGUCGCUUGUUCGAAACCGCAUCAGCGACGUUAUAAGUACGGGCGAUUAUGAUCAGUCGAACCUCGCACAGCUCACCGAGACCUUGAAAUGUUUGCGGCUCUCUUUAAGAGUUAAUUUGCCAAUACCGCAACAACAUUUUGAGAGGCUACAUUUUGGACAGCCGCUGCACAUCGAGACACCGCAUCCGGUUCUCCUUUGCAAGGAUGCAUUGGCCUCUCUAUCUAUCAACAUUGAGAUGUUGAACCUACUUGAAAAACUUCGAUGGGCGGCAGAGCACAACCUAUGCACGGCAGAAACUAUUAGUAACGUCGUCUGCAUUUUCAACAGUGAUGAGAGGGAAGGGCACGACGAGGGAAUUUGCGGCGAAGCAGCUCUCCAGAUUUUUCAAGAGUCUUUGAACGCAGAAAUCGAGGCCCUCUUCGCGUUGGCCAGCUAUGCUUACCAGAGAGCGAUUUGUGUUUCACCGUUGUCCUGCCGCCGCCUGGCGUUAAUUUAUCAAGCCUUGUACCGCUCUCUUCAAACAAGGGGGGAAGGGUUCCAUCCAAUUUGGCACAGCAUGAUGGAGAUGUUUGUAAAUAGGUAG